AUGGACGAAGGACAGCCAGCGGCGAUACCGAUCGCAACUCCUAAUGCCACAUCUCGAGACCCUAUAUCCGACGAACAUCAUAUCGAGCCCGGCCUAGCUUCACCACUGAGCUCCUCACCCCCCGACCCAACGAUCCUCGACACCCCCAGCUUGAGUGCAACAACCCCUAAAAGCCCUAGGCUCUCAAGGAAUCCCUCCUUUUCUGGUAGUAGCUCCUAUCAGGACGACUGGGAUUCGCUCCCGCCUCUGGAUCGACUCACGGUCCUCGACCUUCUGGAUAAUUUUGCGUUGCCGCAGCAGCUGGAAAAGCUUCAGAAGGGUUUUUCGGCUCAGACUGAUAAAGUGCGCCGAUCCAGAGAUGCACUGAAAUCAAAAACGCAGAAUGCACGGCAUCGAAUGGUCGAGGAAUGGAGGCGUCGAGUGCCUUCCGCCGACGAACAGUUUGAUCGCUAUCGAAAGCGAAUGAGGCAGCGUGUCGACAAGCUCGGCAGGCAAUGGAACGACACAAAAGCCAUCAGCUUGCGCGAGAAGAUAUCCUUCAUUUGUGGAGUUAUGAACAUCUUCGUCAGUGGCUAUCUCAUCGGCGCCUAUCCAGAGUAUUUCCAUAUCUGGUACACUGCUCAGCUGGUAUAUUUCAUGCCCAUUCGCAUGUUUACCUACCAUCGUCGUGGAUACCAUUACUUCCUCGCCGAUCUUUGCUACUUCGUCAACGUCCUUCUCAUGCUCAGUAUAUGGGCAUUCCCUGCUUCCAAAAGACUCUUUACCGCCGCUUUUUGCCUAGCUUUUGGCAACAACGCAGUUGCGAUUAUUAUGUGGCGAAACUCUCUUGUAUUCCACAGUUUCGACAAGGUUACCUCGCUGUUCAUUCACAUUAUGCCAUGCGCUACUCUGCACUGCCUUGUCCAUCUCUACCCGGAAGAUCAGCUACAUGACCGCUUUCCCGCCAUUUGGACCAUCAAAACAGCUGAGCCGGGCUCAGCUACCGCUUACGCUAACCUCGUAUCUAUGCUGGCGUGGAGCACAAUCCCAUACGCUCUCUGGCAACUCAGUUACUAUUUCUUCAUUACGGUUCGCCGAAGGGAGAAGAUCGCCGCUGGUCGGCCAACAUCAUUUACUUGGCUUCGCCGUUCAUAUGCCAGGACUUGGAUUGGCAAGCUCGUUUUGUCCAUGCCUGACAGCCUGCAGGAGCCUACGUUCAUGAUGAUUCAGUACGCGUAUGCUGUUCUCACUAUGCUACCAUGCCCCCUCUGGUUCAUCAGCCGCUAUGCAUCAACUGUCUUCCUCUUGGUUGUGUUUGCCUGGAGCAUAUACAAUGGAUCUACGUAUUACAUUGAUGUCUUCGGCAAGCGUUUCCAAAAGGAGCUCGAGGCCAUGAAGGCCGAAGUAGUAAGAUGGCAGACUGCACCAGAGCUCAUGCUCACGUCCCCCUUGAUGCAACCCCAGACAGAGAACGGGAUUAUCGAUGCACAAGCUAAGAGGACCUCUGCUACGCCUAGCCCCCGUCCCGCUGCUGUUACUGCCAGGGAUGCAAUGGCUAGAACAACAAGUCUUGACCGCAUCCCGCUUCUCGAUGAUUCCGCCGUCGCGAUUUCAACCAGUCUCGAUGGCGGAGCGCGAGAUGUGGCGCGUGAGAGACGGAAUGCCGACUAA